AUGCUGGAUAAGCUGGAAGAGACGCCGGAGCCGGAUCAGUUGGAGGAGACGCCGGAGCCGGAUCAGCUGGAGGAGACGCCGGAGCCGAAUCAGCUGGAGGAGACGCUGGUGCUGGAUCACCUGGGGGAGGCGCCGGAGCCGGAUCAGCUGGAGGAGACACUGGUGCUGGAUAAGCUGGAAGAGACGCCGGAGCCGGAUCAGUUGAAGGAGACGCCGGGGCCGGAUCAGCCGGAGAAGACGCCGGAGCCUGAUCAGCUGGAGGAGACGCUGGAGCCGGAUCACCUGGAGGAGACGCCGGAGCCGGAUCAGCUGGAGAAGACGCUGGUGCUGGAUCAGCUGGAGGAGACACCGGAGUCAGAUCAGCUGGAGGAGAACACGGAACCGGAUCAGCUGGAAGAGGAGAUGCUGGCACGAGAUCGUCGCCUGGCGGUGUCGGCCGUGACGAAUCGGCCGCGCCGCGCGCGCGGCGAACAGGGCUGCUAG